AUGGAGAACUCACCUCAAUCAAACACCAAUACCCUCUUCAACACAGACUUCUGUUUGCAUUUGACAAACCUGAUUUUAGAAAAUGAAGCAUCAAAGGGCUCCAAUUUUGUGGCUUCUCCUUUAUCCUUACAUGUUAUGCUGAGCUUGAUCGCUGGAGGUACAAAAGGCCAAACUCUGCAGCAGCUUCUUCACUUUUUGGGAUCAACAAGUAUUCAUGAUCUAAAUCUGUUAGCUUCAAAGAUUAUCAAUCUUGCAUCCCCGGCUGAGAGCCUUGCAGGUGGUCCACUUCUGUCCUUUGUCAAUGGAGCUUGGAUCGAUAGAAGGUUUACUUUGAAGUCAUCCUUCCAAGAGAUUGCCAAAGCAUCUUACAAAGCUGAGCUCAAAAGCGUAGACUUUGUAACCAAGGCUGAAAAAGUGGUAGAAGAGGUGAAUUUGUGGGUUGAAGUAGCAACAAAAGGACUAAUCAAACAACUACUCCCCGCUAGAUGGCCGGACAGAGAGACUGUCUUUGUUCUUGCAAAUGCACUCUACUUUAAAGGAGCGUGGGAUUUAAAAUUUGACCCAUCAAUGACUCAACAAAGGGACUUUCACCUUCUCAAUGGACAAAUUGUUCAAGUUUCUUUCAUGUCCACUCAGAGACGUAGACGCCGUCUAUACAGAUCCUUCGAUGGAUAUAAGCUAGUUCAAAUUCCAUACCAAAGUGGUCAAGAUGCCGGGAAGUUUUCCAUGUACUUUUUCCUUCCAAAUGAGAAAGACGGUCUGCCAAAUCUAAUCCAAAUGGUUAAACUCAAUUCCGGUUUCUUGAAUCAACAAUUCAAGAUAGGGUUAGAAAAUAUGUCUGAUUUCUGGAUUCCAAAAUUUAAAUUCUGUUUUCAGUUCGAAGCUUCAGAAACCAUGAAGGAAAUGGGGCUUAAACUACCAUUUGAGCCGGGGGAGAUGACAGAAAUGGUUGAGAGAGGUAAUAGUGAUCAUGGGCUUUUUGUUUCAGAUAUAUUGCAUAAGUCUUAUAUUGAAGUAAAUGAGGAAGGAACAGAAGCUGCAGCAAGCACUGCUGUUCGAGGUCCACGUUCCCGUGCUAGCAUUCCAUCUCAAAGCUUUGUUGCAGACCAUCCUUUUUUGUUUAUGAUAAGAGAAGAAACUCUUGGCAUCAUUUUCUUUGUUGGAGCCGUGCUCAAUCCUCUUCUGGAUGCUUAAGACAAAUUGUAGAUGUUUAUGGAUAAGACUACUAUUGAAAAAAUAUACUACAUGAAGGGAAUAUACACAUUUUGGACCCUCCUUAAUAUCAAUAUAUGUUAACUUUAAUGUUUACUUUUGUUUUGUUCUUUUGUAAUGUUAUUUUUUGUUCUUUAUUCAUUUUCAAUGGGUGGAGAACUUUUUGUUCUUGUCACUUGUCAGCUUGUAUCGCUGGUGAUUCUACAAAGAAAACAGAG